ACACUCAAUCGAGCUGCGAGUACUGUUACACUGGGCUGAAGCCGGUCGUCUUCAUUAAAAUUAAACUGUGGUCUGAAGCGCUUUACCCUUACAAUGGACUCUUGGAUGAAAGCUCGGGUUUUUGCACUAUUCUGGUUUAUCCUUUGCGUUUGGUUUCGCCAUCGAAGCGACGGAAGCAACUCAACAAGACAGCUGUGCCCGAAGCAUCAAGACAUUAACAGCAAAGAUGGAUAAACUUCAGGCCGAUAUCAAGGCGAUUGCUCAUGGACUGGGUCUCUUGAAUCCAAGUGGCUUAUCCUACACUUCUUGUAGAGAUAUUUACCGGAAUCAGAAGUCUAGAGGAAAUAAGGCUUAUACCCUCCAGACUGACGUUGGAAAAGUUCCUGUCUACUGUCACAUGACGAGUAUUGAAGGAUGCGGAGGUGGGGGGUGGACGCUGGUCAUGAAAAUUGACGGCCACAAGUCAAACUUCCACUACGAUUCUGACUACUGGACCAGCAAGACCGAGUUCAACCGACGAGGAGGGCAGACUGGGUUCGACUUUGACGAAACCAAGUUACCAACCUACUGGAAUACGCCAUUUUCGCAGAUUUGUGUGGGCAUGAAGAUUGGUCAUCAGAUCAAGUUCACCCGUAUCAGCGUGAACGCCAAUUCUCUGUACUCACUGAUCGCUGACGGCCAUUACCGCGCCACCUCACUGGGUCGUAACACAUGGAAGUCGCUGAUUGGUUCACAGGCUUCCUUACAGACCAAUUGCAACAAAGAAGGGUUUAAUGUGGCCGGAGAAGAGCCAUCCCAUGCAAAAGCGAGGAUUGGUAUCCUUGGCAACAAUGAGAAUGACUGCUACAGCUGUGACUCCAGAAUUGGUUUCGGUACCGGAGGGAAAUACGAUGAUACCAACACUUGUGGAAACGAGGCCAUACACUCGGCAGAUAAUGGAGACAAGCACAUGAAAGCCAUGGGAUACAUUCUGGUGCAGUAAAAACGGUCAGAAUGUUAAUCUUCACCUCGGAGGCUGUGUAUCCUAGUGAUGGGUUGAUCUCACAAGCUACUGCAGUAACCUGAUUUGAUUUAGUAGAAGGAUUAAUGUAGAACUCAGUGUUUUGAUUUGGGCAUAAAUAAAAUUGGUGCUAGCAGCAUGUGCAUA